GCAGGAGGGGGCUGGAUUGGACCACUCACCACACUGCCUGUCUUUUAAAACUCUGUUCUCUCUGAAAUGUGCAACAUUCAUCAGACUUGGUUUGAAGGACAGGAAAAACUGAACCCACCUGUGUAAUUCUUUCCUGUCAAGUCAGAGCAGAAUAUAGUUUUUUCAGCCCAGAAGAACCCGCUGCAGUCUGCCUGUGAGAGUGGCACCAUGUGGACGUGGGUGCGAGUGGCACUGGUACUGUGCUCUGUCUUCACUCUGGUUCAAGGUUCUAGCUGGAACAACUCUCAGGUACGGAAGUCCAGCCAAAGGACCAGGAACACAAAGUUGGCCUACAACAGCAUCUUUGAACCCCAGACCACAGGAGUGACAGAGUGGACAUCGUGGUUUAACAUCGAUCAUCCGGGUGGUAAUGGAGACUAUGAGAGGCUGGAGGCCAUUCGUUUCUACUACCGAGAAAGGGUGUGCGCACGGCCGGUGGCCAUGGAGGCCCGCACCACUGACUGGGUAGCCGCCGCAGACACUGGGGAGGUGGUGCAUUCCAGCCUGGAGAAGGGCUUCUGGUGCAUCAAUAAAGAACAGCCGUACGGACGCAUCUGCUCCAACUACCAUGUGCGAUUCCAGUGUCCACCAGUUCAAGCCUACUGGACGGACUGGAGUGCAUGGGGUCCUUGUUCAACUACUGCCUGCAAUGAUGUGGGCAUCCAGGUGCGUCGGCGGAAAUGCAUGAGCACUCAGUCUCUGCCUGUGCUGCUCACUCCAACCUGUCCCGGCCCACACACCGAGCGCAGAGAGUGCUCUACCCCACCAUGCCAAGCAGUCAAGUGGAGUCAGUGGGGGUUGUGGAGCGCUUGCUCAGUGACCUGUGGGAAAGGUCGAAGAGGCAGACGGAGAACGUGCAUCAAAUCCUCGGACAAGCUCCAAUGCAAAGGACGGCCAGUAGAAGUCCAGAAGUGUGGAAAUACGCCAUGUCCAGUAGUGUGCCAAAUUGUGUGUCCUGAGGGACGUCCCAGUGAGGACUGCAGCCACUGUGUAUGUGAGGGACAAACACUGCAGGGGGAAGUUCUGAGUGUAACCGGCGUGCCAGUGUCUGGAGCCAGUGUGGCAGUUUCAGACCAGCCCACGGUUAUCCGGACCCAUACAGAUACUAAAGGUCUGUUCAAAAUCCCUGGCGUGUGCUCUGGCCCUGAGGCUCGACUGCUCAUCAACAAAGAGAAAUUCGCUCCUGCCACUGUGCCAGUUUUCAACAACAGCAGCAAGAGUCUCUGGAUACGGGCUCUUCUCAGGUCCUCAGAGAAGCCAUACAUUCUGAAGCAUCCUGAGGACAAAGUACGAUAUGAGGGGCAACGUGUGAUUCUUUGCUGCAAAGCAACAGGAACACCCAACCCAGACAAAUAUUACUGGUAUCACAACGGAACCUUGUUGGACCAGAAAAUUUACAAGUAUGAAGAAGACUUGGUUUUGCGUGACCUGAAACCAGAACAGACCGGGCAGUAUUACUGCAAAGCCAACAGUCUGACAGGCAGCAUCAAAUCCACUCCAGCCUUCUUAACUGUUUUUGCUAAAGGAGCCCCAGCAUGUAAUGCUACACCUGAAAGUCACCUGAUUAGACUGCCGAUAGACUGUAAACAGCCAGGUACAGAAUCAAAGUUCUACAAUGCUGGUCGCUGUCCUCACAACAAAUGUCCUGGAUCACUGGACUUUGACCUACGAUGCAGAGAUGGGUCUGGUUUCUGCUGUGGGGUGAAGCAAAUGGAGGCAAAGGAGAUCAACUGUGGGAGCUACACUUUACCAAUAAAAGCUGUGAGUGAAUGUGGCUGCCAGAAGUGUGUGGAGCCCAAAGUGCUAGUACGAGGUAGGGUGGUUGCGGCUGACAACAAUGAACCCUUGCGCUUCGGACACAUUUACAUGGGAAAGGAACGAGUAGGAACCACAGGAUAUCAGGGUGGAUUCACAAUUCAAGUCCCUUCUGACACCCAGCGCCUAGUAGUGAACUUUGUAGACCCAUCACAAAGGUUCAUAGAUACCCUCAAAGUGUUCAUCUUUGAUAGAAAAGGUGGUGCAGUAUACCAUGACGUAAAAGUCAUGAGAAAGCAAGAACCAGUUGACAUUGAUGCUGGAGAGACCAACACUAUUUAUCUGGGUGAAAUAAAAGGCGAAGAUCCCAUCGGUCAGCUGGUCAUACCUCCCAACUCCUUCCACAAAAAUACUGGGGAAACGUACGAGGGCACAGUUAAAGCCAGCGUCACAUUCUUUGAUCCUCGCAACAUCACAACAGCUGCCGCCGCACCAGGAGACUUAAACUUUGUGGGUGAUGAGGGUGACAUUCUUCCUCUGAGGACAUAUGGAAUGUUUUCUGUUGAUUUCAAAGAUGAGGCAAACCAGGAAGUGCUUGGAGCUGGUGAAGUCCAAGUGCUCUUGGAUACAGAGCAUGUCAAAAUGCAAGAACAUAUUCCUGCUAUGAAACUGUGGUCUCUUAAUCCAGAUACAGGUAUCUGGGAGGAGGAAGGUGACUUCCAAACUACUCAGGUUACCACUGGUGGAAAUGGAAGGAGAAAAAGAGAAGAGCGCACUUUCUUAAUUGGAAACAUGGAAAUCAGAGAACGUAGGUUGUUCAACUUAGAUGUACCUGAAAGUCGACGCUGCUAUGUGAAGGUACGGGCGUACAUGAGUGACAAGUUCCUGCCUACUGAGCAACUUGAAGGAGUAGUCAUCAACCUAAUAAACCUGGAACCCAAGCCUGGCUAUUCCUCAAAUCCUAGAGCUUGGGGACGAUUUGACAGUGUGAUAACAGGACCUAAUGGAGCUUGUCUCCCAGCCUUCUGUGAUGCUCAGAGACCUGAUGCAUAUACAGCUUAUGUCACAGCAAUAAUGGGCGGUGAAGAACUUGAGGCAGCCCCAUCUGCUCCAAAGAUGAAUCCUAAUAUUAUUGGUGUGUCGCAACCAUACCUAGACAAGUUAGACUACCAACGUUCAGAUCAUGACGAUCUGGCACUUAAAAAAACAGCCUUCAGAAUAAAUUUGGCCAAACCUAAUCCUAAUAAUUUUGAUGAAACCAAUGGACCAAUAUAUCCUUAUCAAAAUUUAAUUGCAUGUGAAAAUGCACCUGUUGAUGCAAAUCAUUUUCGGUUCUUCCGUGUGGAGAAAGACAAAUAUGAGUACAACGUGGUACCUUUUGAGGAGAGUGAUCUCACAACAUGGACUGGGGAUUACUUAUCCUGGUGGCCAAAUCCUCAGGAGUUCAGAGCUUGCUACAUCAAAGUGAAGAUCCACGGGGCAACAGAAGUCAUGGUACGGUCAAGGAACCUUGGUGGCACCCAUCCGAUGACCAGAGGUCAGCUGUAUGGAAUUAGAGACAUCCGCAGCACUCGUGACCUGAGCCAUCCCAACACCUCUGCAGCUUGCCUGGAGUUCAAGUGUGGCGGUAUGCUUUUUGACCAAGCUGCUGUUGACCGGUCUCUCAUUACUGUCAUUCCACAAGGCAACUGUCGGCGAAUAGGCAUCAACAGUCUCCUGCAAGAGUACCUUACAAAACACCCACCUGUUCGCCAGAACAAUGAGUCUCAUGCAUUCAACAUGUUAGCCCCUGUGGACCCCCUAGGGCACAACUACGGAAUCUACACUGUCACAGACCAGAACCCACGAAUUGCCAAGGAGAUUGCCAUAGGUCGCUGCUUUGAUGGAACAUCAGAUGGUUUCUCCAGGGAGAUGAAGUCAGAAUCUGGAGUGGCUUUAACUUUCAGCUGCCCAAAAAGAACUGUAAACCGUGAGAGUCUGUUCCAGCGCUUGCAAACGAAUCCAGGCCAAACCUUGGCACAGAUGGCUCGGGACAUGAGGGAAUCACAAGGAAUGCAGGUCAGAAGAGGGUCAGCCCAGGUAGUGGCAUAUCCCUCUGGCCAACAGGGCAGGACCCAGGGCCGCAGAACUGGUACUGCAAGCAGGAGGAGAACUGGGACACGGACUCAACCAAGGCAGUAGAGCUGUCUAGAGGUCACUGGGGAGAUUCAAGAUGAAGACAUGAGAUUCACAAAAAUGAUGAUGGAAAUGACAAACCUGGUCAGUCUGGGCAUGUUGGAUACUGUGUUUUCUGAGGCAAGACCCAUUUAUUUGUCACAAACCCUGUUCCAAGCAAAAGGACAUAUUCUGUCGGGAGUCUGAAGGGAAUUGACAUGCUUCUUCAUUCCAAGAGAAAAAAAAAAUCACUUGAUAAAAUGAGACAUUUGUUUAAUCUUCAGGGCAAUUGCUUCCAAAGCAACAUUCAGGAUAAAUCCAUUUAUUUAUUACAGUAAUGAAAAUGGUCAACAUUUACCACCAGAGUCUUUGGGUCUUUCUUCUGUCACAUAAGUUUAAUAUUUGAACAGGCCGAAUAAAUUCUUUAUCAUGGAAUGCUUUCUUACUCAUCUUUAAAAAAAAAACCCUAAUGAGCUUAGAUGUAAUGACAGAUGGCUUCUGCUAUUCUGUCAAAGACAUUACUGUAGAAGAGGACACAUGUGGGGUGCAAUGGACCAGACUCUUAAUGGAGCAAAAAAGGAUGCUACUUCGUCUUCUCCCUUUUUCCAAAUUAAAAUAUGCCAGAUGUAACCCAGUCAUUCUUCAGUCUGACCAAAGCAGAGCUAACGAUGGCCAAGGAAAGCAGAUCUAGCCAGCAAACUAAACAGAACCUAUGGCAAGAGUUUGGAUGGAAUAGAUUACGAUGGAUGACACAGCAGCCUUAGGUCCUCAGUUUGGAUUUUCCAGUUAGCGCAUUUAAAGACACCAAGAUCGAUCCCAUCUUAAAAACUACCUCUUGAACAUUUCCAACAUAAAAUAGAGCGUUUCCCAACCACCUUUAUGCACGACAGUGAAUUAGCAUGUUUAAAUCCAUGGUUUGUAAAUAGGUUAUAUGUUGUUUUUUUGACGUGCAAUAAUUCUGAAAAUGACUUGAGAGCCCUCACCAAAAAAAAAAUAAAAACACCUUUCAUGA